GCGCGCGCACAAAGUUUGUGCCUGCGGGUGCGCGUCGGGCGGGCUCGCCCGGCUCCGGAGCGGCGGGUGGGCGGCCCGGGCGGAGAGCCCCGGGGCGGAGGGCCGCGCUGGCGGCGGCGGCGUCGCGAUGCGCCCCGCCGAGCCCGUCCCGCCGCGCUAGGUGAAGCGGCUCGACGAGCGCGGCCGCGGCCAUGGGCACCCUGGGCAAGGCGAGAGAGGCUCCGCGGAAACCUUCUCAUGGCUGCAGAGGUGCCCCUAAAGCAAAACUAGAGGCGAAGCCAGCCAGCAGCCCCUUCCCCUCCCACCCCAGCCUGGCCCAGAUCACCCAGUUCCGAAUGAUGGUGUCUCUGGGACAUUUGGCCAAAGGAGCCAGCCUGGACGAUCUCAUCGACAGCUGCAUUCAAUCCUUUGAUGCAGAUGGAAACCUGUGUCGAAGUAACCAGCUGUUGCAGGUCAUGCUGACCAUGCACCGGAUCAUCAUCUCCUCUGCGGAGCUGCUCCAGAAAGUGAUCACCCUGUAUAAGGAUGCCUUGUCCAAGAAGUCCCCAGGGCUGUGCCUGAGGAUCUGCUAUUUUGUAAGGUACUGGAUAACCGAAUUCUGGGUCAUGUUUAAAGUGGACGCCAGCUUGACAAACACUAUGGAGGAGUUCCAGGAGCUGGUGAGAGCCAGCGGUGAGGAGUCGCACUGCCGCCUGAUCGACACGACGCAAAUCAAUGCGCGUGACUGGUCGAGGAAACUGACUCAGAGGAUAAAAUCGAACACCAGCAAGAAGCGGAAAGUGUCCCUGCUCUUCGACCACCUGGAACCGGAGGAGCUGUCGGAGCACCUCACCUACCUUGAGUUCAAGUCCUUCCGGAGGAUAUCCUUCUCUGACUACCAGAACUACCUGGUGAACAGCUGCGUGAAGGAGAACCCCACCAUGGAGCGGUCCAUCGCCCUGUGCAACGGCGUCUCCCAGUGGGUGCAGCUGAUGGUGCUGAGCCGCCCCACCCCGCAGCUCCGCGCUGAGGUCUUCAGCAAGUUCAUCCAGGUGGCCCAGAAGCUCCACCAGCUACAGAACUUCAACACUCUGAUGGCUGUGAUAGGCGGCCUGUGUCACAGCUCCAUCUCCAGGCUCAAGGAGACCAGCUCACAUGUCCCACACGAAAUCAACAAGGUCCUGGGUGAGAUGACCGAGCUGCUGUCCUCCUGCAGAAACUAUGACAACUACCGGCGAGCCUAUGGGGAGUGCACCCACUUCAAGAUCCCCAUCCUGGGGGUGCACCUCAAGGACCUCAUCUCCCUGUACGAAGCCAUGCCCGACUACCUGGAGGAUGGGAAGGUGAAUGUCCACAAGCUGCUGGCCCUUUACAAUCAUAUCAACGAACUGGUCCAGCUGCAAGAGGUGGCCCCGCCCUUGGAAGCCAACAAGGACUUGGUGCACCUGCUGACGCUGUCCCUGGACCUCUACUACACGGAGGACGAGAUCUACGAGCUGUCCUACGCCCGGGAGCCAAGGAACCACAGAGCCCCGCCCCUAACCCCUUCCAAGCCACCCGUGGUAGUGGACUGGGCCUCUGGAGUAUCUCCCAAACCCGACCCAAAGACCAUCAGCAAACACGUCCAGAGGAUGGUGGAUUCUGUCUUCAAGAACUAUGACCAUGAUCAAGAUGGAUACAUUUCUCAGGAAGAAUUUGAAAAGAUUGCUGCAAGCUUCCCGUUUUCCUUCUGUGUGAUGGACAAGGACAGGGAAGGCCUCAUCAGCAGGGACGAGAUCACAGCCUACUUCAUGAGGGCCAGCUCCAUCUACUCCAAGCUGGGCCUGGGCUUUCCUCACAACUUCCAGGAGACGACCUACCUGAAGCCUACUUUCUGUGACAACUGCGCUGGAUUUCUCUGGGGAGUGAUCAAACAAGGAUAUCGCUGCAAAGACUGUGGGAUGAACUGCCACAAACAGUGCAAAGAGCUGGUGGUGUUCGAGUGCAAGAAGAGAGCGAAGGGCUCAGCGCUCACGGACAGCAGCACCUCUGCGGGCCCACCCUUCAGCCUCUGCUCCCUGGGCGCCAAGGACCUGCUCCACGUACCCGAGGAUGGACCUUUUACAUUCCCUAAUGGGGAGGCUGUGGAACAGAGUGAAGAGACGAGAGAUCGGACCAUCAUGCUGAUGGGCGUGUCCUCCCAGAAGAUCUCUGUGAGGCUGAAGAGAACUGUCGCCCACAAGGCCACGCAGACUGAGUCGGGGCCUUGCGCUGGCAGCGAGGGCCCUUCCGCACUGUGCUCCCCCAGGAAGGCAGCCCCGGGCACUCUGUACGUGCUUCCCAGCCCCACAUCUCCAUGCCCCAGCCCCGUUCUGGUCAGAAAGCGGGCUUUUGUCAAGUGGGAGAAUAAAGACUCCCUCAUCAAGUCAAAGGAGGAGCUCCGUCACCUCAGACUCCCAACCUACCAGGAGCUGGAACAGGAAAUAAAUACACUGAAAGCAGAUAAUGAUGCUCUAAAGAUCCAACUGAAAUACGCACAGAAGAAAAUAGAAAGCCUCCAACUUGCAAAAAGCAAUCACAUCGUAGCGCAGAUGGAACAGGGGGACUGUUCUUAGCCCAGAACCUCAAGAAGCACAAUCGGUAGAUAAGUGUAUCAGAGAUCUCAUUUUCCAAACCAGUCAACACAAAGACCAGGGAAGCUUAGAGUGACCAGCUUUAGAAAGGAAAGAAAAGCUAGUUAGUCUCCCCACCCCAACCCCUAAUGUGUGGCACUGUUUUCUCUUCCAGUCAGUUGAAUCAAAGGGGAGGAAAACUGAAGAAUACAAAAUUUUUGCCAUUCAUAUCAGAAACUUUUCCCCCUAAGACUAAUAGCAAAAGGGUAAUAAAAACAUGCCUAGUUUUCUGACAAGGUGGCUUUUCCUAUGUGGCCUGCUCGGCUGCUGCUUCCUUAGAACUAAAAUCCCUGGAAAAUGAAUUUGCUUCCUUCCCAGAGGUUUUCUGUGAGCUGAGGGCUGUAUUUUGUUCCAUCCAAAGCUUGCUUAUAAUAUUAAAAGUAGAUUCAUUUCCUCUACGUUCCAGCAUUCUUUAUGAAUCUGGUUCCCAAUUCACUACCUCAAAUCUAAUCAAUUAGCCUUCCCCCAUCCUUCCGCACUACACUCACUCACACACACACACGGAUAUCUACCUAGAACCGAACUUCUAGAAAUGUAGGUACAGAUUGUAGGGGCCUGUUAACCAACAUGACAUUAUCCAUUUGCAAAUCAUCUCAUAGUUUUAGUUUCAGAGUCAUAAGUAACCAAAUUAAAUACCUAAAAACACAGCUAUUACCAUCUCAUACAUGACUGGCUAAUUACCUAAAAUCAACAUAAUGCAAAACAUAUGUCCUCAUAUAAUCUAUAGUGAAUAGAAUUAGGACUUUAUGGCUGUUGUUAAAAACAGUUUGUUUAGCUUUUCAUGUGCUAUCUAUACCUUUUUUUUUAGUAACUAUUUUUGAGCUGAAUUUAUGUUUAUACUGCCUUCACUAUUACUACUUAGAAAUAAGCUAAUUGGAUCAGAGCCUUCAAUAACAGCUGACAGCGUGUACAUAUGUAUAUAUAUUAUAUACAAUAUCAGGCAUGCAUGUGACUUGGAAUUUUGUUUCCUCCUUCAUAAACUGUGGAAGUGAAUUACACAAAUUCACAAGUAUAAAGUUCAGUUUGUCAUAAGAUGAAGAUAUAAAUUGUACUAUUUGGCAAAAUCACAAGCAAGAACCCUGUGAGUUGUCUAUUAAUGAAGGUUAAUGAUAAAUAGGUUCAUUUAGUUGUCUGGGCAACUGUUCACAAAUUUCUUUGUCAGACUCCUUAUUUCUCUAAAAAGAUUCAUAUGAUCAUUUUCUUUUCCGGGAGGGGGGGGCAGGGGAGAACUUACCUUCCAUGUUUAGAAAGCCUGGUACCAAACUGACUUGAAAUUCAUAAGCAAGUUGGCCAACAUGCCAAGAAUAUAAUCCCAACAAUUAGAAAUUCCAAACCUAAAGCCAACACCAAGUCUUAACCAGAAUAGAGUACACGUACACAGUAUAGCCUAUGUGGAUAGUCAAACCAUUUAAGAAGUUUGAGGAAAGACUAGUUCCCCUUUGCAUACCUCCUUGUACUGACCUUCAGUGAUCAAGCUAGUGACUAGCUUUCCACUGGGUUUUAAAGAAUCCUAACUCAAAAAUCCCACCUGGUAAGUAAGCUUAUAGAAGCUAUUUUACUUUGCUACUUACCUUAUAUGGAACAUGAGUUUAUGAUAAUCUUUAAAAUUCAUAUUCUUUGCUAUUGAUCUUUACCUCUGCUAUAAACCAAAACCAGUACAGCUCAAUUUUCUUUAAACACAGCCAUGUAACACAAAUUUUUUCAUUCUCCUCCUCCUCUACCCAAAAUACACAUUCCAGGUUAGUUUCUAUGUGGGUAAUCUGUAGGAAUUCAAAAGGUAACUAGUCAAAUUAGCAAGCCUAGAGGGUCUAAGCAUUGCAGAACUUACCCCUGAAAUGGACAGGAAGCAGUAAUUUCAUCACAGGUUUUUACAGCCCAGCCAGAGCCAAAGAAGUACAGUGUGUAAAUUCAUAUUAUUUGUGUGGAAUCUACAGAACUAAUCUGGGACAGACUUUUGGUUGUUAAGUCUAGGAUACAAACUUUUGUGUCUUAUACUGACUUGAAAUAAGUUUGGGCAUAUAUUUACCUGCCAAAACAUUGACAAACUUUGUCAACAGCAAUGUCACUUCUUUUUUUUUUUUGGUAACUGACUUGCCUUUUUACUAUUUGUGAAUUUCUGUCUAAAGAUGUACUAUGUAAAA